UUUGAGUUCAGUGUCAAAAGCCGCACUUCCGCUCUUUUCUACCCAACUCGCGGAGCAAAAUGCAGCAAAAGCGCAGAGAACCCGUGCAGGCCGUUCAAGUCUUCGGACGCAAGAAAACCGCCACUGCGGUCGCUUACUGCAAGCGUGGCAGCGGUCUCCUGAGGGUAAACGGACGCCCUCUCGACCAGAUUGAGCCCAAAGUGCUGCAAUACAAAUUGCAGGAGCCGCUCUUGUUGCUCGGCAAGGAGAAGUUCGCCGGUGUCGACAUCCGUGUGCGCGUCAGCGGUGGCGGUCACGUCGCCCAGAUCUACGCCAUCCGCCAGGCCAUUUCCAAGGCCCUGGUUGCCUUCUAUCAGAAAUACGUUGACGAGGCCUCCAAGAAGGAAAUCAAGGACAUCCUGGUCCAAUACGACAGAACCCUGCUGGUUGGCGAUCCACGUCGCUGCGAGCCAAAGAAGUUCGGUGGUCCAGGUGCCCGUGCUCGUUACCAGAAGUCGUACCGUUAAUCUUUCUGCUGCUUUUCAAAUUGGAUUAGAUACUUUGUACAACUUGAAAAUAUUUGCGUGUUUUCUCCAUUUCGAGAAUCAUGUGAAUAAACGGAAUAAUUAACUUUA